GUUUACUGUUAAAGUAUUCCAGGAUAAAUUCAAUAACUUAUCUUUGUUUUUUCCAGAUCUGGUCCUGUGGGCGUCAGUAUCACACAGUGAUCACAGUUCACACCUGCAGUGAAGCCCCUCCCACAACAAUUCACCAAUAAAUACUGGGAAUAUUCCCAUCAUCCUACAAGAGAAGGACAAACUCCAGGAGUAGCAGCUGAAAUCUGUGUGACUGUUAAAGAUGGACUUUAUUAAAGAGGAGAUGGAGUUUAUUAAAGAGGAGAUUGAAGACAUGAGUGAUCCAGAACCAUCCAGAAUAAAACAAGAAGAUACUGAGGAACAAAUAGACCAGAUGGAAGUGAAGGAGCAAAGACAGAAACUAAAUGAUGUAAAGAAACACUGCGACUACAAAACUCAAGGAACAAAAGCCAAAAAGCUGCACUCCUGCUCUCAGUGUGGAAAGAGUUUUUCUAAACCAUCAGGUCUCAGUGUUCAUCUGCUCCAUCACUCUGGAGAAAAACCAUUCAACUGUGAUCAGUGUGGUAAAUAUUUUAUUUCGUCGUCAAAUCUAAAACGACACAUGAGAGUUCAUUCAGAUGAGAGGCCUUAUGUGUGUUCUCUCUGUGGAAAGAGUUUUCCACGGCUGACCAGUUUUAAACAUCACCAGAAAACACAUGAUGGAGUGAGAGAUCAUGUGUGUUGUGACUGUGGGAAGAGCUUUACUAGAGCUGGUGAUCUGAAACUGCACCAAAGAAUUCAUACUGGAGAAAAACCUUACAAGUGCUCAAUUUGUGACAAGAGCUUUGCUCGGUCCGGACACCUGAAAGAACAUGGGCGAGUUCAUACUAGAGAGAGGCCAUACUACUGUACUCAGUGUGAGAAGACUUUCAAAGAUGCAAAAAAUUUAAAAUAUCAUCUGCGCGUUCACUCUGGAGAAAAGCCAUUUAACUGUGAUCAGUGUGGUAAAAAGUUCAUUUCGUCAAGACUUCUGAAAAGUCACAUGAUCGUUCAUUCAGAUGAGAGGCCUUAUGUGUGUUCUCUCUGUGGAAAGAGUUUUUCACGACUGAACUGUUUUAAACUGCACCAGAAAACACAUAAUGAAGUGAGAGAUCAUGUGUGUUGUGACUGUGGGAAGAGCUUUAUUAAAGCUGACUAUCUGAAACGGCACCAAAGAACUCAUACUGGAGAAAAACCUCACAAGUGCUCAUAUUGUGACAAGAGUUUUGCUUUGUCUGGAAACCUGAAAGUACAUGAGCGACUUCAUACUGGAGAGAAGCCGCACCACUGUACUCAGUGUGAGAAGACUUUUAAACAUUUAGCAAGCCUUCACAUACAUAUGAAAAAAUGUUUCAAGUGAGCAACAUUUGUUUUCAUGUCAAAUACAAUAAAGUACAUUGAGAUAAAA